AAUGGCAAACCGCUAACUAUGCUUCGCCACCGAUCCAAAAGAGUCUCAUCAACGAACCGCAUCUUACCUUCCGAAAUUCCCCACCGAACGUCAAACCGAUCGGAAUGCACCUGAACACUCCGAACCACACCGAACCGUCUGAAAAACCGAAAGUAGCUCAGAGCUCUGCAAUACCCCAGCGACAGGAUGAACCGAAAAAGUCGAACCGACCGUCAACCGAACCCCAGUGCUGGAGAUGUGGUGGCAAGGGUCAUCUCCGAGCACAAUGCACCUCGAAACCGCUGCUGUUCUGCUCUCGAUGUGGAGACAAGGAGUUCCCAGCACUGUUGGACACCGGAGCCACCAGGUCCUUUAUCAGCAGUGAAGUGGCCGCCUACUGCAGGGUAGUGGGUAUACAACCGGAUUAUGUUAGGGACGUUACCACCACCGUCGCUAACGGAAGUUCAAUACCGAUUAAAGAAAUAUAUACCGCACCGGUCCGAAUUGGGUCUGAAAUUAUGGAAGCUAAAUUGUUGUUAGUUUCAGAUUUACCGAUCAAUGUAGUACUGGGAAUGGAUAUACUGAGGACACACAACUUUUCCAUUAAUCUCCAAACCGCCGAAUGUUUCCUGAAUGGAAGGUCCAUCCAAGCCCGGCUCAGCGAGCCAGAGAACCGAGGACAACUACAUGCGAUAGGACCGCUUUUGUCGAACCUGAGUGGAGAAGAGAAAGUCAGGCUGGAGGAGUUUCUACAGACCGAAUUGAAGGCAUUCGAGAAGCUCCGAGGAACAACUCCACUGAUACAACACCGAAUUAAACUCAAACCAGGCACCGAACCGAUCAAGCAACGUUACCGUCCCCAAAAUCCGAAGAUGCAGGAGAUAAUAAACAAUGAGGUCGACCGAAUGCUGGCCGAAGGCAUUAUAGAACCGUCUUCAUCCCCGUGGAGUUCACCGAUAGUAAUUGUCAAGAAAAAGGAUGGAAUUUUAGACAAGUUGAGAAAAGCCAAGUAUAUAUCCACUAUUGAUUUGAAACAGGGUUAUUGGCAGGUACCGUUAGCCCCCGAGAGUCGACCGAUCACCGCAUUUACCGUCCCUGGCCGUGGGCUGUUCCAGUUCAAAGUAAUGGCUUUUGGUCUGCAUUCCGCACCGGCAUCCUUUCAACGUCUUUUAGACCGAGUUAUUGGCCCUGAGAUGGAACCGGAUGCAUUUGCGUACUUGGAUGACAUAGUAGUUCUUGGAGAAACAUUGGACGAACAUCUUGACAACUUAAGGAAAGUUUUCCACCGCCUCAGGGAGGCCAACCUGCAAUUAAAUCCGGAAAAAUGUGAGUUUGUAAGAAAAUCAUUGAAGUAUCUGGGAAAUGUAGUAACCGAGGACGGCAUUUGUACCGAUCCUGAUAAGAUUUCAGCCAUAAAUGAGAUGCCUGCACCGAAAUCCGUACGAGAGUUGAGAAGUUUCCUUGGUGUUGCUUCAUGGUACCGAAGAUUCAUCGAAGACUUCUCCAAAGUUGUGACUCCGUUGACCGCAUUACUCAAGAAGAAGCAAACCUGGAAAUGGGGGACCGCCCAACAGACCGCUUUUGAGACCCUGAAACAGAAAUUGACCCACUCACCGGUAUUGGCCUGUCCGGACUUUUCAAAACCGUUCGUCCUUCAAACCGAUGCAUCCGAUGCAGGACUGGGAGCUGCCCUGACACAGACCGUUGAUGGACAGGAAAAAGUAAUCGCUUAUGCUAGCAGGACCUUGUCAGGUCCAGAGAAAAAUUACUCUGUUACAGAAAAGGAAUGUCUGGCAAUAGUUUGGAGCAUUGACAAGCUGCGUCCGUAUCUAGAAGGCUACCGUUUUACCGUUAUAACCGACCACAUGAGCUUGCGAUGGCUGCAAUCUAUCAAGUCUCCCACCGGAAGAAUUGCGAGAUGGAGCAUAUUUCUACAGCAAUACGACUUCGAGAUAAAGAACCAAUACGGAUAUAGAAGAGGGUCAAGUACAUGUGAUGCUGUAAUGCGGUUUGUUGAGUACACGCUGGAUUGUUUUGAGAGGGGUUCGCUUUCACUAUCAAUAUUUUUAGACCUGAGCCGAGCUUUCGACUGCGUACCGCCGCAGGCUCUUGUUGACAAGCUUUCGAAAUACGGUUUUGACGAGGUUGGUCUCGGACUCAUUCGGUCCUAUUUCUUCAACAGAACACAGAGGGUUUUCUGCAACAAUACUUGGUCCACAGAGGGUCAAUUAAGUCUUGGGGUGCCACAGGGUUCUAUAUUAGGACCCCUACUAUUCAUAAUCUUUAUGAACGAUUUUUCUUUUUUCAUGGCUGCCUACGAACAUCUCUUAUGGGCGGAUGACUCGGGAAUAACUGUGGAGCAUAAGGAGAUGCGAGGAGCUGAGCAGCUGGCGUGUGCAGCAGAACUAAGGGCUAAGGAGUGGUUCGCACUGAACAAGCUUGUUUGUAAUGAAGAGAAGACUGACACCAUGUUGUUCAACUUAAGAGGACUUAAAGAUCAUAAUGCCAAUGAGUCGAUAAAGUUUCUGGGAGUUCAUCUGGACUCUGGUCUCACAUGGAUUCCUCAUGGCAAUGAAACAGCGUCAAAGGUGACCAAGAAUAUCUUUCUACUACGUAACUUAGCUAACAUUGUAUCCAAGAAGGUUGUUAAGGUUGCCUAUCACAGCCUCAUCGAAUCACACCUGCGAUAUUGUGUACUCAUCUGGGGUAACUGUUCCAGUAGGGAGAAAAUUUUCAGACUGCAGAGAAGAGCGGUUAGAAUAGUGGCUGGUCUGGGAUAUAGGGAUGAUUGCUUGAGCGCUUUCAAAGAACUAAAGAUUCUCACUUUUCCAUCUAUAUACAUUCAUGAAUGCCUUGUCUAUGCAUAUAAUAAUAUCAGGGACCUCCCCAAAUAUGGGGACACCCAUGAUUAUCACACACGAUACAGAAAUGAUAUAAAAUCCAAGUAUAUGCGACUUGAAAAAUCGAAGAAUGGUCCCAAUUUCAUCUCUCAUAAACUUUUCAGUAAGUUACCUGUGGAGGUUAAGAGGCUCACUCCUAAAGAAUUCAACAAAAGAAUCAAUGAAAUAUUGACGACAAAUGCAUUUUGGAGUGUGCAGGAGUUCUUGUCCAGUGACCUGACAUCUUUUGAAAUAAAUUAUUGA